AGUGGUAAGAUGAUUGGUGAAUUUAAGUUUGUUAAGUUAAUAUAAAAUUUGUUAAAUUUUAACAUUUUAAAUUUAAUCCAUUUAAAAUGAAUAUGUAAUUUGAAUUAUGGUUCAUUUCGAUCAGUGGCGGUUCCUCCAUAAGUGCACAUGUGCACGUGCACCCCCAAAUUUAAUGCCCGCUCGGAAAAAAAAUUAUUUAUGUAAUUAUAUCCUACAAUUCUCUUAAUCCUAUUUAUAAAAAAAAACGAUUCAUCAAAAUUCAUAAAAUUGAAAUUAAUACAUAAAAAACUAGGAAUUUCUUAUCGGCCGUCACCGCGACCGCCGCGCCGGUAUAAAUCAUUGUAUAAACAAAACUCCAAACCCCCUUUGCCAGCAGCCGAUUCCGCCGAUCGUAAAAUGCUUCGUUCACUGCUCAUGGAACUAAUAGAUCUGAUUGGUCAAUCAUCCGCCGCCCGCACUCUUUGUUUCCCGCGGCGGUCUACCGAUCUAAGCUGGCCCGUGUGCACACGUAAUGAGUGCACUUGUAGUUCGCGUUUGCAAAUAUAAUAGCCGAUGACGCGUGCGUGUUGAAAAUUAGUAUUCGAAAAAUAGUUUUAAAACUCUGUUAAAAUGACGGACAAUUAUAACGUGCAAUAUUUAAAGACAAUUAAAUUUUCUUCUCUUCCAUUGGAAGAAAAAAUUAAAAUUAAAAGUGUUGGACGUCCCAAACCGAAUGUGUUAAUUAUUAAUACAACUAAAUGCAAAAAUCGAGAAUAUAAACGUACUUUUAAAAUAGAAAUGUAUGAAAAAACUGACUGGUUGUGCGGGUGUGAUGUGAGUAAUAGUCUCUACUGUUUUCCAUGCUUAUUAUUUUCAAGCGAUCAGGCAUCAGAUCCAUCAGAAUGGACAAAAUCCGGAGUAAAAGAUUUAGUUCAUUUAUCCGAAAAAAUUAAAAAACAACAGAAUUCUAAAUCACACUUAUCUGCCAAAUUAGGAUUUAAUUUAUUGGGAAAACAAGAUAUUAGACAGCAAUUAAAUAGUGUCUAUCGUUUAAGCAUAGAAAAACAUAAUGUCCAAGUAAAAAAUAAUAGAUAUGUUUUAUCAAAAAUUAUAAACUGUGUAAAAUUUUGUGGUGCGUUUGAACUUGCCCUCCGCGGACAUCGCGAAAAAGAAGAUUCUGUAAACCCUGGUAUAUUUAGGGGACUCAUUAAUUUUUCUGCUGAACUCGAUAUAGCACUGAGGGAUCAUUUGCAGCAAGCCACCAUAUUUAAAGGAACAUCAAAAGACAUUCAGAACGAUUUAUUGGAAUGUAUGCUCUCUGUUUGUCAGGCACAUAUCAAAAAAGAAAUUGCGGCAUCAAAAUUUGUAUCUAUUAUGAGUGACGAAACCAGUGAUAUUUCAAAUAUUUUUCAAAUGGUUAUAGUUUUCCGUUAUACAUUACCGAAUGGCAGCCCCGUUGAGAGAUUUUGGACAUUUGUAAAACCAAAUGAACAUGAUGCUGUUGCCUUAGCUGGCUGCAUAGAAGAAGCGUUAAAUUAUGUUUUAAAAAAUCCGGAUCAAUUAAUUUCCCAAAGUUAUGAUGGAGCAAGCGUCAUGAGUGGCGCUCAAGGUGGUGUUCAAAAACUUAUUAAAAAUAAAUUUAAAUACGCUCAUUACAUCCACUGCUAUGCACACCAGUUAAAUUUAAUAAUGUCUCAGGCAACAAGCAUAAAUACAAAUGCACGCAUUUUUUUUGCCGAACUUAGUGACAUUACUAAUUUUUUUUCAAAUUCACCACAAAGAGUUGCGAUACUGGAUGAAGUGGUUGGAAAUAGAGUUCCAAGUGCAUCUGCUACCAGGUGGAACUUCAAAAUUAGAACUGUGAAUACCGUAUAUGAAAACCGGAAGGCACUUAUAGAGUGUAUGGAAAAAAUACAAUCCACAUCCAGACAAUCCGAUACAAUCACGAAGGCAGGCGCACUUUUAAGAUUAUUGUAUGAUCCUAAGUUUAUUUUUUGGUUAUCCGUUUUUCAUCGAAUAAUGCCUCACGUCAAUAUUUUAUAUUCACAACUGCAAAAAAGAUCAACUGAUUCGGUAACCGUAAAAAGAUGUAUUAAUGAAUUUGAAAAAAAUAUACAGAAAGAACGGGAGACAAUUCACACCAUAAAGGAAAUUGAAUUAGCAAACAUGGAUGAAAGUCAAACUAGAAAAAGAAGAAAGACAGAAGAGAGGCAUUCUUAUGUUUCUACGAUUGUGCAAGCCAAGGAAGUAUGUGAUACUAUACUUGCAGAAAUCAAAAGAAGAUAUUCAUUCACUGGCCAUUUGGAAGUAGCGCACUUAUUUUCAGUUGAAAAUUUCGAGAUAUUUUCAACUAAUUUUCCCACCAAACACUUAAAUUCAGCAAUUAUGAAUUUUUCUUUUCUGAACAAAGAUAAAUUGAAGACGGAACCGGAAAUAAUCUACAAAAGAUCAGAUUUUAGAGAAGUUUCAGGAGCAGUCCACCUACUUAAAUUUUUAGUUGAAAAUAAUUUGCAAACAGAUUUCUCAGAGACUUUUUCAGUACUACAAGCAAUUGUUACGAUGCCAAUGACAACUGCAGAAGCGGAACGUUGUUUCUCCACAUUAAAAAGAAUUAAAACUUUUCUUAGAAGUACAAUGGGUGAAAAUAGGUUGACUGCCCUCGCAAUGUUAUCCAUUGAGAAACAAAUGAUUCAAGAAAUUCCAAAUUUUAAUGAAUUAGUGAUUGAAGAAUUUAUCUCGAAGAAGGACAGACGUAUUGAUUUUCAAUUUAAAACGUGUUUGUGAAAUACAAAAUCUUUGAUAAAAACUAUUACUUAUGUACAUAAAAACAUUUUUUUUUGCGAGGCCAAAGUUAGUACUCAUCGGUGACAGCAGGGUAAGUUAUUUAUUAUUAUUUUUUUAAUUGAGAUAUAGUUUUCUAUUAUUGAUUGGCCUUUGAAUAACGCAAAAAAAUUUUUCGGCGUCGUCGCGUGGCCGCCAAUUUUUUGAUUUUACGUUGUGCAGCCCCUAAAUAUGGAACCACGCGUCGCCGCUGAUUUCGAUCAUUGUCGAAAGAAAAUGGCUCGACAGUACGUGGCUAUCCGCCCCCAAAUGCAUUUUCACCUAAGAACACAUCACGUGACACUUUUUUCGUUUGUAAAAAAUCAACUCUAAAGAAUAUUCUAAGUGGAACAUUUAAAUAAAUUUAAAAUAUUCUUAAAGGUAUAUUCAGAGCGCAUACUUUAAAGACGUAUAUACGGAAAAGUAUUUUAGCGGUAUAUACGCAAUAUAUGUAGCGUAUAUUGUUGGUAUGUGGGCUUAUGGUUGCAAAAGAAACAAUUAGCAAAAGUUCAAGUUCAACCCCUGGACACUGAAAGUAAUAUUGAAAAACUUAUAUCAUGUUCGAUCACAAAAAUUAAAGUGACUUAAAACCAACGAAUCAGUCAACUCUGUUUUUGAUUACUUUGACAGAUGUCUGUUUGGAAAUAACAUUUUUAGGUUGCCAUAUGCAGUGCGUAUCAUCUUGUUCAUAUGAGGUUCAAAAUGAAGAUUAGUAUCGAAGUCUAGUGCCAAAAUUUUACCAGUGUUGGGGCGUUUUAGUUCCUCACCUUGAAUCUUUGUCACGGUUUUGUUUUAGCUUUCUAAAUCUUCAUUUAUUAUAAGUUGUUUGGUCCUCCGGCUUUUUUUGCAAAUUUGAUCUCGCCAGGUUCGUGAUAUCGUUCGAUACCGGGGGCGCAAAUAAAUCGUUUGUGGAGAGGAUCAAGUCCGCCAAUAAAUUCUGCAAAAAUCAAAGAUUAGAUUUGAG